AACCUUUUUUUCGGAUAAAUCGCAUCUCGACGACGAUACGCGCUACACAUUUUUUCAAUUUUCUAUGAAUCGCUAGCGCGUUCCUCCGCUUUGCUUUCUACGGUUUUUAUCGUUAUGCGACCUUGUCGAUGCGUCGUACUAAUCGCGAAUAGGAGAGAGAUAAUCACGGCCCAUUUCGAUUCCUCCUUACAAGGAAAACAUCUUCGAAACGAUCUUAAUAAUGUUUGUAUACGGUGUCGUAACGAUAAGUGCAAAUAUUUUUAACAGACUUGGAAAAAGGAGUAGGUUACUCAAUUCGACAUGUAUAUUUUUUUUUUUUUUUGCUCGAACGUUGUGAACUGUCGAAGAUGGCUAGGUUCCGUACACGAUCACUCGUUCGAGUGUAUGUGUAUUUUCAAGUAGAAAAAACAAUGACGCAUAAUCAUCGAUACGACACGUUCGGCAUUCGCAACGAUAGCCUCUUGGAUCUCUGAAAAGCCAACAACUUUCAUCGCGCACUGAUAUACGUGCCACGAGGAUUGUUCGACACUUUCACCUUCUCGUUCCUAAUUAUCCAAGAGAGUUCCUCGAAUAAAAGUCAAGUCGGAGAAAAGCUCGGAAAUAAUAGAAAAGAAAACUGUUACGAAGCCGGCUCGACACAAUCAUUUGUCGACUCGCUUCGAUUUGAUCGUGCCAAUUCGCGGUGUCACGUGUUUCCCAUGGGGUUAAAUUUCGACGUAAUCGAUCAAACCGAGCAUUCGUAUCCUCGGCGUUGACGCGAUAUGCCUCGAUGAAUCCAUUUUUGAACAACAAACUUUUUCUCGAACCGACAACUUUACUACCUGUGUUGCGGAACAUGAGCUUCACCAGAUUACGCAAGGUAUCCUAGUACUGUCAUCGCGAAGAAUCAGCCGAUGCGUCCUUGAGACCUGUUGCACAUCCGCUUGCAUAACGAUUCCGAUACUUUGUACUAAAAAACCGAGUCGGUCGUUACUCGAUCGCUUCCAACGCUGCGAUUUUUCAAAAGACACAAACACCGAUACGGCUAUUAUUUCAUUUUAGUUUUUUGAUCAUUUAUCGAAUCGCGUAAAACUAGGCGAGAUAAUCGAUGAAGAUGGUCAAGCCUCCUCCGGCCGAUCCACUGGUAGAUUAAAAUGCAGCGGCGGCGAUCUUCAUACGGGAGCAGCUUAUCGAUAACGAAGGAUCAGGGGUCGAGGCUGAUAAGGUCUGAUAAUGAGCCCCGUUUGGCGUAACUGGCCAGUUCCUGCGGUGCCGUACGCGAGUAUACUACGCUCUUUCGUGCAUUCCAGACUGAAUUGUAUGGAAAACUAACUCUGUUGAUUCUCGUUAUCGUUCUUCGUUGUUGAAACUCUUUCGUUAGUAUGAUAAACCCAUCUCGUUUAAAAAAAAAUGGAGCAAAAGUGUGGUCAAUGUGAGCCUUAGCGAUGCCCAUUGGAAGUAUGGACGACAACGGAAGUCGUCACAUCAGAAAGUACAGAUACAUGUUUGAUAACAUGGUGAUAGUGCCAUCCCCAGGCUCUAUAUGGGACUAUCCCUAUUUGAAUCAAGUCACCAGCAUGAUGGGCUUGGUAUACGGGACGGGACCAGAGUUGGAACAAGAUUUUUUCCCUUCCAAGAAUCGAAUUCCAGAAUCACACAUGGAGAGUCCGUCGCGAUUCGAGUUGACAAAGACAAAAACGCAGAGCAUGGACGAAAUGGAGUUUGGAGAGGUGAAAACCAGCAACGUCGCGACGUCGACACCUGUACCGUCGGGAAGCAUCCCAUGCAGAAACGGUGGCUGCAAAGGCUGGACCAGUACAGCGGAAAGUCCCUGGCAUUUUCUUAAAACAGUCUUCCUAAUCUCAGUGCUCGUUGCUCUAGUCCUAUGGGUGAUCGUUUACGCGUUCCUCACACAGUAUAAAAUCUUGUAAGGGACGAAACUGGUACACCGAACAUAAGACAACCCGGUGGAUUGGAAUCAGGAGCGAACAGAAAGGAUCUUCGGGAUCCUUUUUUCGUUUUGGUCGUAUUAGAUGGGCCCGAACGAACGACCAAAAACGAUCCGAAUGAAAAUAUAUUAAAUGUACGAUAAAAUACUAGGUAAAGGUUCCUAGGUAAAAAUCCUCUCUCGUUGCCCUCCUUUACCAGUAUUUACUUACUUUCAAAACAUAUCAACGCAUACUCGAGACUCUACAUUCUAAGUAAAUCGCGGUUAAUCUUAUGCCAAAGAAAACUCGAAGGGUACAGCAAAUUCUGGAUUGUUCGGCUCGAUGUUAUGGUUUUUUGUACCUUCGGAGAACUCGGUAAAUCGUACAGAAUAAAUACAUAUCGUUUACGCUAAAUUGAUUCGAGUGCAUUGCGUCUAGCAAAGUGUUGCGAGUCUCCAUCUUUUACGUUUGCUUGACUUCUACACAAUCGUAACUGUAUUAUAAUAACAAUGUAAAUAUAUUUAUACACGUGCUACACGCAAGACCAAUUUUUAUAUCGUACACGAGAAUCGCUUUACGAAUCCUUGUAUAUACAGAAAAUUAAGGAAUAUUUCUAAAUCUUAUUCGAUGAAAAAUGUUCGAACAUCUAGUAUUGUUAAUUUUAUUAUCUAUGACUUUUUUUCUAUCAAAUGUUUGUAUACAACUAAAUAAAACGUAACGGCUUACAAAA